GGACGCUCCUCGCCUCACCGAUGGGAAAGGUGGCGAGAGCGCGAAAAAAGGAUCCAUCCAGCAGACCGGCGGCAGUCGUCCGUCCGAUCGGCAGUUAACAUUCGCAGACGCGCGUGACGGUGCGAAGCGGAGCGGCGCGACGGCCGCGGUCGAUGGAACGCGUAUCGGAACGGAGUGUAUUACAGGUCGCGCAUGGUCCGUAGGUAGGUUUUCGCCUGUCUCGUUUCGGUGGAUCCCAAGUCUGAAGCAGCCAAGCUCGAAUCGCACAUCCGUGUGGAUGCCUCGGAAAAUGGCCGCCUGACGACCGGUGUCGGAGAACGAAAAUCAUCGUAAGCGCAUCGAUCGCGUGCGAUCGACCUCGAGGGAGGAACGUUGUUUAAAUGCCGCGCAUCUUUGGGGUGAGUGCUCGCUGAAUGGCGAGGUGGACAUUGACACACGCGAGCGGGUGACGUCGAUGUGUUUAGAAACGUGUGCAGGAGACGGUCACGCAGAUACUCUGUUCUUGGAACUCGCACUCUCGUACUGACAGCUUCCAAGCUGGGAAGGAAAAUGAUGCUGCUUGAUGUUCCUUAUUUAUACAUUGUGCCUGAAAAUGGAAAAGAUAACAAGAGCUUUGCCCUUCUGGGGGAUUGACUAGUGAGCUAAUGCCCUGUGUGUUUCUGUUAAAUUAAAACCCUAUAAUUAAAACUCUAAAAUUAAAUCUUUAAAAUUAAGACUUUAUUUUAAAUUAAAGCUCUAAAAUUAAAAUUUUCUAUAGAAAUCUUCGAAAAAUUAAAAGAGAGAUUAAAAUUCGACUUAACAUGUUAUUUUGAGAAGUUCUGUGUUCUACUUAUUGUUAGUAGUUGAAUAAACUAAUAUUAAUGACAAGAGAGAACUUUAGAGUUGAUACUGAAGUAGUAAAAAUUAACGUACUCUUGUACCGUUCUCUAUGUAUUGUCCUCAAAGAAGAUUGAUUUGCUUAGAAAUUUUUUUAUUCAACAACAAUUAAUAAUUAAUCUGCAUCGUACUUGUCUCGUAUUGUCCCAAACAACAGAUUUGUAAUUCGUGGAUACAAAUCGGAAAGAAUUUACAAAAGCUUCGAUUCGAAAUUCCCGUUUAUUCCUCCUAUUGAGGAGCACUUGUGCACUCUUCAGGCGUAUAGAGUCCAUACGUUUUAAGAAGAGAGCGUUUUAACGCGCCGACAGACGUAACGGAGAAUCCUGGUCCCGGAGGUCCGUUACCUCCGCGAAGGAGGUAAGAGAGCGAAGAAGCAUGGAUAGAAGAAGCGUCGCGAUUCUGUUGAUUUUCAUGAUUUUACCUGGCGCAAUUACGAAGGAGCGUGGUCAGCUAUUAACGUAAGCGAAGAGGCACAACAAUUAUGAAAUCCGUCACUGCCCGCUGGAUUACAUUAAACUGCUAACGUAAACGUUUGCGAUAUCAAAUACGAGAGUAUUGAAUUAAUGCAAAGCGAAGGAGUUCGAUUUCACAAGAAAAUCGUUUACAGUUAUAUUAAUCGCACGCGUCUAAUAAAAUACACACACACACACACACACACACACACACACACACACACACACACAUAAAUACAUACAUGCAUACAUACGUACAUAUAUAUAUUUAUAUAUCUAUCUUUUCUCCGGAGUGAAAUUUCAUAAAGAUAGCUCGGUGUGAAACUAAGAAGUGCUUACCUCGAGAAAAGAAUAAAAAGGAAGAUAUUGAGAUCGGCAGGAAUUGAAAAGGAAUUGAAUGUGAGAAAUCUCAGUAAUAGGAUUGAUUAAAGUUUUUCAUAUCCGUGCGUGAAUAAAAGCAUCGUCAAUUCCUUUGACACCGUACAAGUUGAUUGAUAAAGAAAGUACAAAGCUCAUUAGAAACAUUUCCAUCAAAUAAUUGACACAGGAAUGACGAGAAUAUUCAAUACCAAAGUGCUUUAAUUAUGUAAGUACUUAAAUGGAGAAAUCGAUGAUAAAAAGGAUUUAAUGAAUUAGGAAGGUGCGUUCCAACGUUCUCAAAUUACAAAUUAGCUGACAGAAUUGAAAGCGAGGCGUCUAGUGUCGAUCGAAAUGGAUUGAUCAGCACAUGGGAUCGUCCGGAUGGGAGUAUCGCCGUCGCAAGCGCGGCACUUCCUUGAGGCCGCACCUUUCACGUAAGAAAUGAUGGAACGCCGAACCGAUAGAUAUGGCGUUAGGGAAAUGCGUCAUUCGCGAAGCGAAGAUCUGUUAGGCGCAAUCUCCAGAUCUCCCAGUCCGUGUGUCGAUCUGCCGACCACGGCAUCCGAGGACGAUCUAAUCGCGGCCAGUGCCCUGCGAGACUCAGGUAUCUACGAUGAGGACGUUGGCAGCGCCGGCAUCGCGGGGCCGUCGCGGCGUAUACUCUCGUCGUCGUCCAGAACGGUGGGAGUCCCCGUCGAUCCGGAGGACUCCAUCCGUGAUAUCGUCACGGAAAACGAUCUGUACAGAUACGUUUUGUUCAAACGGCAUUAUGAUAAAUAUGUGGAUCUCGCGGAAAAAUACAAGGAAGCGAAGAGCGUCGCUUACUACCUGGAGGAGCGCUAUCAUGAGAUCAAGGUCGAACGGGAUAAAUUAGAAGAAGCUCGAAGGCAUCUGGAAAGACGACUUGAAGGCUGUGAGACGGAGCUUCGUGGCAAGGAGGAUGAGCUUUUCUUACAGUUGGAAAGGAGUUUGCGGUUGGAAGAAGAGAUUGAACGGACUAAAGCCGAAAGGGACAGCUAUGUGGAAGCGCAAAAUCGACUGGAACAACAACGGGAAUCGGCAUUUCGUCGUUUGCGGAUUCAGCUAGAGCAGAACGAAGUCACAAGACGGGAUCUCGAGAGAGCUCGCCAGGAUGUCAUUCGACAGGCCACUAUUAUCCGCAUCGAAAGAGACACCUUGGAAAGAGAAAAUGAGAUGUUGCGGCAGAGACUGAGAGUGGAGCAGGACGAAUUAGGAGCAGAGCGACGUCGUCGGGAGGAAGGUGUCGCCGCAUUAACAAGAGAGACCAUUGCAUUGAAACACGCAACGCGUCAUUUGAGCGCUGCGACGUUUCAUGCAACGUCUUGCCGAAAUCGUCGCCGGUGCUCCAUCUGCAUGUACGCCAGACGUACCUUUGCCAAUAUCGACAAUUAUCGUGACAAUGGAAAUCUCUUACAGUGCCUUCAGACGCCUCUACAAGAUCUUCGCAAUUGGUUACGACCUAAUAUUUCGUCGACUUGCUCAUCUCGAGUCCCGCGACUUGAGUCAUCCAUUGCCGAUCGGGAAAUUUCUUACAUCGAUGAUUCUAGUGCUGACAGUAGCAGCAAUGGCAGUACUAACAGCCGCAGCUGCAGUAGCAGUACUAGCAGUAGUAAUAGCGCCUACGAUGACGACGCGUAUCCGAGCACUCCAAUAGCCGAACCUUCGCUUUCUUCGGCCACUUCCAGUGUUCCGCAUACGGCCAGAGCUUUUUCUUCGGAUUCAGGGUUUUCUUCGGAGAUAGGAGAUCGCAGAUCACGAUGUUUCGACAAUGUUGGCAGCAGUACUAGUAGCAGCAGUAGCAAAAGCAGAAAUAUCAGCGAGUUGUUGGAUAGUAACGAAAUUGACGAUCAGGCUGCAAAUGGAAGAGAAAGCGGGUUUACCCGUUCGAGAUGGACCUCCUCCUUUCGUAGAUUACUUGGACGGAAGUCAAAGAGUAAACUCGAUCGUUCCUCAGGAACAAGGAAGACUGACGAAUGAAUUUGUACCGAGACAAAAGUUUGACGUAAAUACGUUAUCCCGUCCUCCACCUUCUUCCAAAAUAAUCUAAAAAAAAAUUCAGUUUUUAAUCGAGAUAAAGUAUAGUCUUUGCAAAAUGCUUGAAUUUUUUUAUCGGAAAAAGAGUUUCCAUAAUAUGAAAACUGCGUACUAGCCUUUUUAAAAAUAAGAGAUGCAGAGUAUAUAUGAUUUCAGGGAUUCUGGAAUUUUUUAAAAGAUAAGUUUUAAAUAAUAUAUGUUUUUCUCAUUUCUAAUUUCCAGAAGUAUAUACAAUUGUGAUUUUUUUUAAGAUUAUAUAGACAAUACUGAGGAUAAUUUAAAAUAAAUUGCAGAUAUCUUGUAAAUUUUGUAAAAUAUUAGAAAUAAUAUAUAAUUUCUACUGCUUUCCAUUUUUUCCUUUAUUUGAUAAUAUAUUAUACACAAGUUAAGAAUCUUUUAAGAAAAAUCAUAUCGUAUUCCAGAAUCCAGAAAUUUUAUGUGUAGAUUUCGAGAUUUUUUAUCUGUAAUGUAGGAAUUGAAUAUUGAAUAAGUUAAAAAAUGAGAAUUAUAAAUACACUCGCCAACAAAAUUACUGUUUUCGUAAAAGAUUAAAAUUUUGCAUAAUUUCAAAUAACUCCACGAUAAAUUGUGGUAUCUGUAAAUAUUUUUAAUUUACCGAGAAGACACACAAAUUUUUCCGAUUACUAUCAUGAUGUUUGUAAAACAAAAUUUAUUCCACUCUAUAGAGUGUCUCAAAUUGUGUGCAAUUUCUUGUAAAAUUAAAGACAUAACAUGUCCUUAGUUUUGGAACAGUAGAAGGAGAAGAGGAUAAAAUUAAAGGAAAGGUGGGAUUUCGCGUAGAUCUCACCAAUUGAACGUGGAAUAUUGUUUAUAAUUUUUAUUAGCAUUAAAGCCCAUUAUAGUUUCUUAAUUUAUUUUUUUUAUUUGUAAUCUGAUUAAGCCUGUGGUACUUACUUUUUUUUAUUUUUAAUUAAAACUAUAAUGAAUGUCUUUCUUAAAGAAUAAACUUUAUCUUUGAGAAUACAUAUAAAAACUUUCAGAUACGACAAUUUUUCACGGAAUUAUGCCUAUUUGAAGUUAUGCAAAAUUUUGAUAUAAAUUUAUUUAUGCAUGAAUAUUGUUGAGUGUUAUAUAUAAAAAAGAGUCAAAUUACUAGAAAUCAUCGCGACUGAAGUUUUGUAUUUAUUAGAAAAAAUAUAUAGAUGGGGUUAAAGGCUUUGAAUUUUAAAAUGUAAGGCUUUCAUAGAAUAGAAAAAAAUUUGGCGCGAAUAAAUUAUAAUAAUAGAAAAAACGUUAUUGUUGCAUUUUGCAUUCUGAAAGUUUCUUACUUUGUUAAGUUUUGUUAUCACGACGAUUGUUGUUGUAUUUAUCAAAAAAUACAUUGACUUAUAACUUAUAAGCACAAAACAUCAUCAAUUAAUUGUGUCAUCCAAUUAAAGGUUUUAAAUUCAUAACAAUGUUCUGUUGUUUUCUAAUAUUGUAUUGUUUGCGACGAAAGAGCCAGUCCUUUAAAUGCGUACUUAGUGAAAAUAAUUGGACCAAAUUAAUGACAUGUCACAAACCUGUUAUGAUAAUGUUGUGAAAUGUAGGAGGUUCGAAUAUGAAUAUUAUGCAAAUAAAAAUAUGUAUAUGUACGAUAAAAAG